CCGGAGCACGCGCCAAGCUAAUCUCGUGCUAUGAUCCUGGUAGACCCCGUGCUAAGAAUACCAUCACCAGAUGCACCGCAUCUUCUGACCAUAUUGGGCAGCUCCAACCAGCACCACAACAACACUCUUUUUCCACCCCACGAAAUGGACGAGUACGAGGAGGCCGUCCUGUUUACCUUUUCCCUACUGGAGUCACGAUUGGAUCGGAUCGAGUACGUGCUCGGCGGAGCGCAUUCACCUGCCAACACCGAUGGGAAACCAAAGACGGUAGCGGAGCGCAUCCAGAGAAUCGAGAAAUCGUUGCAGGCACUGUCAGCAAAGUCGGCACUGCUCAAUGAGGCGCAGGAGCUAUUGAAGAAGCACAAAGAUGUGCUGAAGCCUCAAGAAACUACCGACGAAGCGGGAUUGAACGCAUUGCAAAAGGCAGUCGUAGUAGUUGAGCGCGCACCCAGCUUUGCAUCCACCGCAUCACAGCUCAAAGCGUUGGACGAUCAACAGAUUCCACCCACCGAUGGUUUCGUGAAGCUCGCCAAACUUGCACCACGCGUAGCCGAAGCAGAGGAGCGCCAUUUGCAGCAGGCCCUGGAGAUAUCAUUGUUGAGAAAGCAGAGCGGUCUGCUGGUACAGAGAGCAAAGCACGUUCAAGUGCUCGGAGCGAAUCGCUGCUGGGCAGAAUGGGACAAACGGCUUCAGUUGGCUCAGCGAACAGUGGGACGAGAAGAAUUCAGGCGCAAGCAGGAGGAAGAAGAACUAUGA